CGAACUUGCCCUGAAAACAAGACCUGCAAUAAGUGACUUCGGGAGCUCCAGAGGAGCAUGGACUUCAGCUUCAGUCUGAAACGCACUAACACGACCUGACCAGCCAACGCAGUCGCGCAGCUCCUCACAGCAAAACGAGGUGAGCCUUUUCCAGGGAGAGGGAUUUCUCUCAGCAUUCCUGAUGGAGUCCUAUAAAGUCAGUGGCCUUCCAAACCCUGGAUUACAGCAGAGCUACACUCAGCCUACCCGUGCGAGAGGCCAAAAUAGCGGCACCUAUGGCCUCAGCAUCAGAGUGCAAGGCAUAGAUGGACAUCCUUAUGUGGUUCUGAAUAAUCAGGACAGAGGGCCCAAUCCUUAUGGAGCCCCCAGCAAUAAUGGGUUCAAUGACUCUGAAGGGUCCUUCAUUGACAACUAUCAGGACUAUGACUUUAGAGGAAACAGGGAGAAUCUGUCCAGCAACCCGUUUGCAGAAUAUAGAGCCCAGAAUCAAAGACAACAUGUCAGCCCUCUCAAUGGUAUCUCUGAGCCCAAAGAGACCCAAACAAAGAAGACACCUGCUCUGCUAAACUUCCAAAAGCAUCCUGAGAUCCUCAAGCCUUAUGACCCAGAGAGCAACACUCUUGAUAAUUUCCAUAGCGUCCCACCCCAACCUCUCUCUCCUGCUGAGACUAGAACCCUCUAUCCAGGAUCCCUGCCCAGAACAACUUCUACGGCAGUUACUCAUGCCAGAUCCUCCAGCCUAGACCAACCCAAAAGCCCAGAUCCACCAGCACAGGAUGCAAGCAAACAGGCUCAGCCACAGGCUCUUCGUCAAAUGUUCCCGUCCAAAGUCCAGCCUCAAACAGGUUCGACAAAAGCCCAACCCCAGACUCAACCUCUUCCUAAACCUCGAACCCAAGCCCAACCCCACGUCAACGUCCAAUCUCAGCCCCAAGUCAAACCUCCAUCCCCUUCCCAUCCUCACCCACGCCUACCGGUUCCUCAGGCAUCUACUAGCAUGCCCACUGAACAGCCUUCUUGUAGAACCCCAAGCACAGCUAGCAGCACAAACUCCAGCUUGGAACGAAGUCGCAGAGAGCCUGACAUCCUUCCCUUGCGAAGAACUGACUCCAGCGGCCCUGUGCUUCAGUCAUCACGCUCCCGCCAUUCCUCCGUGUCCUCGACUACGCCAACCAAGGAAGAGCAGCUGGAGGCGCUGUAUGCAGACACCAUAAACCGCCAUGAGAACCGUCGCUACAUCCCCUUCUUGCCAGGAACUGGCCGAGAUAUUGACACUGGGUCCAUUCCGGGCGUCGAUGAGCUCAUCAGUAAAUUUGAUGGUAAAGAGGUCCAACAGAGGAGAGGACGGACAGGCCGAAGAAAUCGAAUCAACCCAGAAGACCGCAAGCGGUCCCGUAGCGUGGACAGCGCCUUGCCCUUUGGCCUGCAGGGUGAUGCAGAGUACCUGGACGAAGUGAGCCGAAACCGAGGCAGGUCCACUGAGCAUCUGCUAAGGCCGUCGCAGCUUCUGCAGAAGUCCCCCAUGUCCCCGCCGUCCACUUUUGGACGCAGAUCAGCUUUCAGAAAUGUGGCACGGAUCAACAGUGCGCCCGGAUCUCCACAAGGUACAGUGUCCAGUGCUACGGCUUCUAUUGUAGGCUAUAAGAAGCCCCUUUCUCGGCCCUCCAUUCUGCCUGUGGAGAACAAGGGAGUGGAGGGAGAGAACAUAACACCAAGCACAAGGACUCUGACCAGUGUGGCUACAGCGUCCUUGUCCAGGCCGGUUCCAAAUAACAGUAAGAAGACAAGUACGGAGGUGGAUGCCGAGGUAAGAAAGACAACACCUGAUCUUCUCAAAGGUCAACAAGAGCUGUCACAACAAACACACGAAGAGACUGCCAAGCAGAUCUUAUUCAAUUACCUCAAAGAUGGAAGCAAUGAUAGCGACGACACCACCAAGAGGAAGGUCAACCUGGUGUUUGAAAAGAUCCAGACGCUGAAGUCCCGGGCCGCGGGGAGCGUGCAGGCGGACAACAAAUCUCCAGACCUCGCGGCCCAGGCUAAAGCCCUGCAGGAGCAAAGAGCGGACCUGGAAAAAGAGGUUUCUCAACUUAAAAAGCAACUGGAGGAAGAAAGCAAGAAGCAGAAGAGUCUGAGUGAAGCUCAGGAGAAGGCCGGUGCUGGACUGAAGAACGUGCAGAAGGAACUGGAGCUGAGUCAAGCUGAAUGCAGCAAACUGAGGGACAAACUGGCCAAAACGGAGGCCGACCUGCGCACCACGCUGGAGGAGCUCUUCCAGGUGAAGAUGGAGAGGGAGCAGUAUCAGACGGAGAUCAGGGACCUGCAGGACCAGCUUUCAGAAAUGCAUGACGAGUUGGACGGAGCCAAGCGGUCACAGUCGGACAGCGCAGAGAAGGAGUCCAUGAUGGAGGACCUGAUGCAGCUGAAACUGGAUCUACAGGAGGUGCUGCUGGCUAAAGAGGAGCAGGAGGACGUGCUGAGGAGGCGCGAGAGGGAGCUGACUGCUCUGAAAGGAGCGCUGAAGGAGGAGGUGUCCACUCAUGACCAGGAGGUGGACAAACUGAGGGAGCAGUACGAGAAAGAGCUGCGGAAACUACAUGCGUCUGUGGAGGAGGCUAAACAGAGUAAUGCAGUGGUGUGUAAGGAGAAGGCGGAGGUGGACGCAGCCCGGGGGGCAGCGGAGGGCCAGGUGGGCCGUCUGUCUCAGGAAGCGGAGCGGCUGAAGAAAAGAGCGCAGGAGCUGGAGAACGAGGUAGCCAAACUGAACCGCAUUAUCGAUGAAGCCAAGCUGCAGGAGAGCAGACUGGGAGAGAGAGCCAGCCGCCUGGAGAAAGAGAAGAAGCAACUGGAGGAGUCGCUUGCCGAGGUCAGAGAAGAAGAAGAAGAAAUGAGCCGGGCAAACCGAGCCCUGACCGCACGCCUGGAGGACGUACAGAGAAAUCUGACCAAGAUGACGCAGGAGCACAGAGAGCUGGAGGAGCGAUUAAAGGAGGAGAGGAGCCAGAAGGAGAAGUUCAAAAGCACAAAGAACGAGAUUGAGGAGGAGAGGAGGUUGCUGGACCGGACUGUGGAGAAACUCCAGAGGGAGAUGAGUGAGAUCGUGGAGGCGUCUCAGAGCUCCACGCAGGAGCUGCAGGAGCAGAUAGACGCGUAUAAGGAGAAGAACAGGAGGGAGCUGGCCGAGCUCCAGAAGCAGCUGAGAGACGGAGGAGUGGAGCUGGAGAAAUCUCGCCUCACCGCCAAAUCCCUGCAGGAGGAGCUGGCUCAGCUGGAAGAGGACCUGCGGCAGUGUAAGAGAGAGAAAGAUGAAGCGGAGCAGAGAGCGAAGGCUCUGGAGCAGAAGGUCUUUGAGCUGGAGGUGGACGCAGACACCAAAGUCCAGAGCAACGACAAAUCCAGACAGAUCAAACUCCUGGAGGAUCGUAUCUCUCAGCUGGAGAUGGACCUGGACGAGGAGAGGCAGAAUGGGGACCUGCUGAUGGACAGAAUAGACCGAAGCAGAGAGCAGGUGGACCAGUUGAGGAACGAGCUGCUGCAGGAGAGAGCCAGCAAGCAGGACCUGGAGUGUGACAAGAUUGCCCUGGACAGACAGAAUAAAGAUCUGAAGAGUAGGAUAGCUCAUCUGGAGAGUUCACAGAAGUCCAGUAAGGAGGGGCUGGUGGCCCAGCUGGAGAGCAGAAUCCAGGAGCUGGAGGAGAGACUGGAAGGAGAAGAGAGAGAACGUGCCAACCUGCAGUUGGUGAACCGGAGGUUAGAGCGUAAAGUGAAGGAGAUGAUGAUGCAGAUGGAUGAAGAGCAGCACUCGCUGCAGGAUCAGAAAGACCAGCUGAACCUGCGUCUGAAAGCCCUGAAGAGGCAGAUGGAUGAGGCAGAGGAGGAGAUUGACCGGCUUGAGCAUGGAAAGAAGAAACUGCAGAGAGACCUGGAGGAGCAACAGGAGGCCAACGAGCAGCUCCAGAAUCAGCUCAAAGCACUGCGCAGUGAAAUGAGACGAAAGAGCAACUCUGCCCCCCUCCUUAACAACCUGGAUGAUGACGAUGAUGAUGAUGACAUCAGCACUGAUGGAGAAACCUACUUCAGUUCGUCUUCUGGAUAUAAGCGCUCCAGCAGUCAGGACGCCAUUAUCUCCACCUUCUCUCUCUGAGAGUUAGACUGUGCUGUCUUCACUCUUCAUAAUGCAGUAAUGAACACUGUUCCAUCCGUCUGAUCUUCGGCUCUUUGGGCCCGAAAGCGCGCUGCAGUGGAAACAUUCCUAAUGCCUUUGAUUUUGAACAAAAGAAACAAAAAGCCUUUAUUUUUUCAGUAGUUUUUUUGUAUCCUUUAUUGUCUCUCACAUUAUAUGACCUCUGAUUUUACUCUACACCAGUGUUUUAAUGUAAUGUUACGUUUUUUGCAUUUUGCAAGUGCAUUUUUAAGUGUGUUUUAAAAAAAAAACAGAAAGAUGAAAUAUCUUCCUUAUGAAGCUCCAGUUCAAUCAAACGUUGUUAUGGCGAUGAUGAUGAUGCAACAGAUUGUGUAAUUUAUUAAUCACUGAAAAUAUGAAGGAAUGGCAUGUUGAAGGGCACUAAUUACUCUAUCAAGGGAAAUUUGCAUGAGGGAUUAUCUGAAUCUUUUUUUAUUUUUUUUUGUAUAAAAGGUGUGUCCGCUACACAGUUCCUUUGUUCUUUAUACAAAACAACUUAGCAAAGCAGUUUUUUAUGUUACAUAAUGCUCCUCCCUCUCCAAACGGACAGUCCCAUGUUACACAAUGCUGCUUGGCUUUAUUUUAUGUUUUAUUAUUAUUUUUUUUUAAACUUUUAAGCUUCCUGUUAAUGACCUGUUGACCUUUUUCCGAGCUGUGAGCGCACAGCACACUCAUGGAAUGAUAACAAUAAAUAAAAAACCCCACAUACUUAAGUGAGGUUACAACAAACCACACUGUGUUACAGAGUGGGAGGCAGUUUGUUUCUGAGACUCAAAACAGUGUUAAUGGCUAAAUAUGAGUGGGUCUUGCUGGAAUAUACAGUGUCUCACUCAGUGUUGUCAUAUGCUCAGUCUUAAUUAAAGGAAUACUCCAGUGUUUUUCGACCUAGUCUGUGUCUGCUGUAUCAGUAGUGUACAGUCGAUCAUGAUAGAUGAUGAUAUGACAUGUUUUCCUGUACUUAGAAAAAGAACAGAAAACCCGAAGGCUCAAAGUUCCCUUAUAAUAGAAGCCAAUGGGAAGGUAGUCUUGCGGGGCCAGAUGAGAUCUCUUAAACAUCUCUUAAACUUCUGGUGCUGGACUGCGGUGAAAAUAGGGCUACGUCCCUCUAAAACCCAUUCACUACAAUUAAAAAUUCCUCUAGUCCACCUCAGGGGUACAAUCAUUAACACAAAACAAGCUAGCUAGUGAAAUGACAUCUACUUCUUUGUUUAUUGAUCUUGCUUUAUUUGGAUAGCCCCUAGUGGAUUAUCAUAGAUCAUGGAUUUUCAAUUUAGGCACAGAGUCACUGUUAGGUUUAGGUUUUGGGUUGGGGUUAAGGUUAGGGUUAGGACAACUUAAAAUUAAUUUAAGAUGAAUAGAUAAUAAGCAGAUUGAAAGCAUAUACAACACAUUUACAAUGUACUAUCCAAAUAAAGUGUUACCUGUUUAUUUGUAGUGUUUGGAGACUUUUAAGCUCUGCCAAUUUACGUUGCAAUCAUUGGCCGAUGGCAGGCUUGUUGAUGAGCACAUCUUCGCCCCCAGUUUUCAUCUCCACCUUCAUGAGGCUUUGGAUUAGUUGAAAUUUCACACUCAGUCUACAUUCCCACCCACUUUUAGCCCAAAAUGUCCAACGGUUGUACCCAGACGUCGUCAUAACGAGACCUGGCCCCAUGAGCUUACUGCUGAAGCAACUGCCCAUUUGCUUCUAUUAUAAGCUCAUUUAGAGUUUGUGGGUUUUCCCUUCUUUACUAGGUACAGGGAAAUCGAAAUGUUGGCUUAUUCCUUUAAACUGUUUAUCUGUACUUAUGGAAGUCUAUAGUUUCUGCAUUUUGUGUCAAAGCCUGGGAUGUGUUUAGUGAGGCACAUGUGUUAUAUUGUCAAGCCAACUCAACCAGAAGGAUGGCCAGUCCAGAACUCGCAUUCUUAGUCAAAUCAGUCAAAGACAUGUUUGUAUACAUGGAUGCUUGACCAUGGAUGCUUGACUCUGUAGCAUCACAGCAUCCAUUAGCAUUAGAAGGAGCUAACGAGAAAGAGAAAGAUCCAAGUUUCAAACCCUUGGAUAGAAUAAUAAGUGUGAUAAGUUCAUUUCUUUUUUUUUUGUCCUCUAAAUUUGCAUAUGUUCUGAUUCUAUGAUUACUCAGUAAACAGUCUUGUGACUUUAUGCUCACGUUUUUGUUUUCAGGGUUGUUUUCAGACAAGUGCAUGGGUUUGUUUCUUAGACGUGUCUAAUCUAAAUCUCCAGACUCCGGCCCUGUGACCUCCAGUCCUUUUGGACCUUCGUUCCGUGACUACGUUGAAGUGUUCAACGUCAUCCCGGCGAAUCUGUAAUGCUGUAUGGCUGCAAGCGUAUAAGAAACACUAAUGAGAUUAGACCCCAAAAUCUGCACAUUUGCACUUGAAUUGUGUACUUUUUUCCUUGUUUGUCUAAAUUUGGUAAUUUCUAUUGCUUAUUUUUUCGAAAUCCUCAUGUUUCAUUUGUCUCCAUGCGAUUUGCUGUGAAGUCCCCAAGUCCAAUGAAGACCGGAGAUUUAGAUUGGGCAGUGGAUUAACCCUAGUCCUGGACUAAACUGCUAUUCAUACAGCUUCUCCAAGCUUGUUUUACCCUUAAAAACCCUAUUCAGUCUAGGAUUAGGCUUAAUCUGGGUCUUUUAAACCAGCAAUAUGAGUAUCUGCCUGAAUAUUGGCCCCAUUUGCUCCAGUUAAAAUAUGAUGAAAGCCAAAAACUCUUAAGUUUUUCCGAAAGAUCUUUGUGAUCUGUGUGUUUUAAUAUGAUUUUAAUAUGGUUUUGUGCCUCAGUUGCUGAGAGGCUCAGCAGUUGUACUUCACUUUUGUGCCUCCUUUAAUUCGUCCCAGAGCAGGUUAAACUCUUCUGCUUGAGUUGGUUUGAUUGUGGCCUGCUAUGCAUAUUCAACAUAUCCUGUAACCGUCCUUUUGUAUGCAACUUUUGUAUGUUGCUGUGUUGACAAUCAACUUUUUUUUGUUUGUUUAUUUUGGGUUUCUUAAAUACACUGUGAUUAUUUGCACUGUAAGUUGGAUUGAACCUUUUUUGUGGCCUAAAGAAACAUUCCAAUGUAAAAUCCUUGUGAUUUCUCACUCAGCAAAAAGGAAUUCCGCCAGCGUUCCUCAGGCUCUCUGUAGUUACAAUAAAAUUUAGCAGAAACUUCUUAUCUUUUUACUAAGGCAGGCAUUCAUUUAUCCUAAGGUCAGUAAAGUAUGUGGCCGCCAAUUCACCGCUAGCUGACUCUGCUGAACUGUAGAGUCCUGAGGGAACGCCAAAUUCCUCCGAAUGGAACUCACUGUAAGGAAUUGCAGCCUAAAUUAUAGCACUGCUGUCAUAUCAAAAAACCCUGCAUCUCCAUUAUUAAUUAAUUAAUUUUUUUUUUUUUACUUUUUUUUGGAAAAACGCCAGCUGGCCUUUACAUUAUACGCCCAUAACACAAUACAAAGAGUCCAAAACACAACUUAAGGUUUAGUUUUUUGCCUUCAUCUAUAAAGUUAUCAUUUAUGAGAUACAAGGUUUUGUUUUGACAGCAAAAUGUUCCUUUAAUGUUGCCAUUUUAGUGACCAAAUUACCACUGGAGUCUUUUUGGUGAGGAGCACAGAAAGAAUCCUGCCACUACCUCUCUGUAUGUGUUUAUACUGCUUGAACUAAAAACCUGGAAAAAUGAAAUAAAGUUACCCAUAGUUAAUCUCGCA